GACUUCUCCUGGGAGUGGACGGACAGAUCUUGCACCGACUACCUAACCUGGGACAAAAACCAGCCCGAUCACUACCAGAACAAAGAAUUCUGCGUUGAGCUUGUGUCCCUUACAGGGUAUCGCAUGUGGAACGAUCAGGAGUGCAAGAACAAGAAUGCUUUUCUCUGCCAGUGCAAAUACUAGCGCACGUCGCUCUUUCUCCCACUCCGGAGGGAGAUGUCUGGAGAAGCAACGAAGCUCUGCCAAAAUCUCUGCUCUGCCCCCUUCGCUCGAGGGAUGCUCUCCGUAGCUGCGAUCUGGUUUUGCUGCUCCUGAUGGGCCAGGAGGUCCAAUAAAUUCUGCCUAGCCCUGA